GGCCGUUGGAUGGGGUCUGGGGUACCGAGGGUCUCACCUGCCCCGGUCCCACUCCUAAGCCAUUCCGGAUCCUUGUGGUGUCCCUGGGCUCAUCGGGAGCUGGUGGUGCACGGGGGUGAGAGAGCACCGGGAACAGGAAGGCUGCUGGAACCCCGGGGCGGGAGGGGAGCCUGAGAGAGCAGAGCAAGAGUGGGGGAAGAGUCAUGGGGUCGCUACCGACGCACGCGGUAGGGAGCGAGGCGGGGAUCGGUAUCGGGACACACGAGGGGCGUGCCGGGGUCGGUCCCGCUACGCCGGGAAUGAGCCCACGGGCACGGACGGGCGCGUCCCCGGAGGAGCCGGAUCGCGGGGCGGGGUAGCCGGAGGCGAUCGCGGUGCCGGUCCCGGCAGUGCCUGCUCGGCUCCGCCCCUCCGCGCCCCGCCAGCCCCACUCCGGGCGGGGAGCAGGACCUGCCGGCGGCGGCCCUGGGGGUUCCGGCUCGGGUGCGAGCCUCCACCCUGCCGGUGACCCCCGGAUCCCUCCGGUGAUUCGCCAGCCCCCCGAGGAUGAAGACGCUGGUCCAGCUCUUCCUAACGCUGGUGUGCGCAGUGGUGGUGGCGGUGCUGUACAUCCUGCUGAGCUCCAAAGCCCGCGUACAGCCUUGCUGCCCAGGCCUGGGGCUGCGGGACAGCCCCACUACAUCCAGCAUCCGCAGCUUCCAGGGGUACAGCCGCGUUCCCGACGGGAAGCCGCUGGAGCGAGUGCUGUGCCGCCACUGUGCCAUUGUCUCCAGCUCGGGGCAGAUGCUGGGCUCGCAGCUAGGAGAGGCCAUCGACCGGCAGGAGUGUGUUGUGCGCAUGAACCAUGCCCCCACCGCCGGCUACGAGCGGGACGUGGGGACACGCAGCACUAUCCGAGUGGUCUCACACACCAGCGUUCCGCUGCUGCUGAGGAACCAGCCCUACUUCUUCCAACAGUCCCAGGAGACCCUCUACUUCAUCUGGGGGCCAGCAAAGAAGUUGAACAGGGAGAAGGUGGGCCCAACCUACCAGGCACUGCUCAAGGUGAUGGAAAAGUACCCCCAGCUGCAGAUCUACACCCUGACUGAGAAGAAGAUGACAUACUGUGAUGACGUCUUCCAGAAUGAGACAGGGAAGAACAGGAUGAAAUCCGGCUCCUUCCUGAGCACAGGCUGGUUCACCAUGAUCCUGGCCAUGGAGCUGUGCGAGCAAAUCCAUGUGUUCGGCAUGGUCAGUGACAGCUACUGCAGGGAGAAGAACCACUCCAGUGUGCCGUACCACUACUUUGAGAAGGGUAAGCUGGACGAGUGCAAGAUGUACCUGAUGCACGAGCUUGCUCACCAUGCAGGGCACCGCUUCAUCACUGAGAAAGCCAUCUUCUCUCGCUGGGCCAAGAGGAAGAACAUUGUCUUCAACCACUCAUCCUGGCUCUGCCAGUGCCACGUUGGACACCUUUUGCUAAGCCCUGGAGCGGGGAGUCUCCAUCUCUGCAGCAGCAGUGCCUGUUUCCCCAGCUGGUGGAUGGGCUGGGAACCCUCGUGUUGGUACAUGGGGCGCAUGAGCUGGACCCACGGAGCCCCAUCAGCUCCAAACACCUGCUUGGAUGGACCCAGGGAGACCCAGUUUUCCACCCACUCUACUAGGAGGAGUAUUUAAUGCAGGAUUAGACAUGCUGCUGGACUCCAGCAGGGCAUGGGCCACAAGCUGGUGCCUCUCACAAGGACAAAGCUCUACUGUGGUCCUUGCUCCACUUGUGCCCUCUGGACAGUGCUGGGUGUGGGGUGCAGGCAGCUGGAUCCAGGCUCUGCCUUCUGCUACUUGGUGCCUGCAUCCCCUCAGCUGGGAAGCCCUGAAGCCACACGGGCCCUAGGGGCUCCGAGUUGCCUUGUCACAAGUGUCCUUGGAUUCAGACCAAAGUAAACGUGCCUAUUAAAAUUGAUUUUAACUCAA